GAUUUACACCUUAAAUCCUAGUCCAACCCUUCAUCUUCCCCUUCCCAAAGAACCUUCCAGAACCCCUUCACCUUCCCCCAUAACCCAGAACUCUCUCGUCUCUCCUCCUUCUUUCCCUUAUUAAUCCCUUCUUCACUUCCCCUCACUCCUCCUCAAAAAAACAAAAAACCCCUCUAAAAUCUCACAAUUUCUUUUCUCUUUUCAAUGGCAGACGAAGCAAAAGCCAAAGGAAACGCUGCGUUUUCAUCCGGAAACUACACCGAAGCAAUUAAACACUUCACCGACGCUAUUACUCUCUCUCCAACUAACCAUGUCCUCUACUCCAACCGAUCCGCCGCAUACGCUUCUCUCGGAAAAUUCUCCGACGCUUUACCCGAUGCACAAAAAACCGUAGAAAUUAAGCCCGACUGGCCCAAAGGUUACAGUCGUUUAGGUGCCGCUUAUUCGGGCCUUAACAAUCAUUCCGAAGCAAUUACCGCUUAUAAAAAGGGUCUUGAGCUUGACCCAAAUAACGAGGCCCUUAAAUCUGGGCUUUCCGACGCUCAAUCUGCUGCUUCUAGAAGUUCACGUGGCCCAAGUUCUUCUCCAUUCGGUGACGCUUUUUCUGGGCCUGAGAUGUGGGCCAAGCUGACUGCGGAUCCGGGUACCCGGCUGUUUUUACAACAACCCGAUUUUGUGAAGAUGAUGCAGGAUAUUCAGAAGAACCCUAAUAAUUUGAAUUUGUAUUUGAAAGAUCAGAGGGUUAUGCAAGCACUUGGAGUUUUGUUGAAUAUUAAGUUGAGGAGUGGUGGGCCUGAUGAUAUGGGUGGUUUUUCUGGUGAGGAGGAGGCUAUGGAGGAGAGAGAAGUGAAGAAACCCGAGGCGAAAGCGGAGGCGAAAACGAAAGCGGAACCUGAGCCUAUGGUUGAGGAGAAGGAGGAGGAGGAGAAGGAUGAGAAGAAGGAGAAUAAAUUAAUGGCACAAAAGGAGAAAGAAGCUGGGAAUUCUGCUUAUAAAAAGAAGGAAUUUGAGAGUGCAAUUCAGCAUUAUAGUAAGGCUGUUGAAUUGGAUGAUGAGGAUAUUUCUUUCUUGACUAAUAGAGCUGCUGUUUAUCUUGAGAUGGGCAAGUAUGACGAGUGUAUCAAGGAUUGUGACCAAGCUGUUGAAAGAGGUAGGGAGCUUAGAUCAGAUUACAAAAUGGUCGCCAGGGCCCUGACCAGGAAAGGAACUGCUUUGGCAAAAUUGGCAAAGACUUCAAAGGAUUAUGAACCAGCUAUUGAAGCGUUCCACAAAGCUUUGACAGAGCACCGCAAUCCCGAUACGCUAAAGAAGCUCAAUGAUGCUGAAAGGGCAAAGAAAGAACUGGAACAGCAGGAGUAUUUUGAUCCUAAAGUGGCUGAUGAAGAACGUGAAAAAGGUAAUGAGUAUUUUAAGGAGCAAAAGUAUCCUGAAGCAGUGAAGCAUUACACAGAAGCUAUAAGAAGGAACCCUACAGACCCAAAGGCUUACAGCAACAGAGCUGCAAGUUACACCAAGCUAGGGGCAAUGCCAGAAGCGUUGAAAGAUGCUGAGAAGUGCAUAGAGCUCGAUCCAUCCUUUGUUAAGGGAUACACCAGGAAGGGUGCUGUCCAAUUCUUUAUGAAGGAGCAUGACAAAGCACUAGAAACCUAUCAGGCAGGACUUAAACUUGACCCAAAUAAUCAGGAAUUGUUGGAUGGUGUGAGAAGAUGUGUAGACCAAAUUAAUAAAGCAAGCCGUGGAGACUUGACGCCUGAAGAACUCAAAGAGAGACAGGCAAAAGCAAUGCAGGACCCCGAAAUCCAGAAUAUUCUCACCGAUCCUGUAAUGAGACAGGUUCUGAUUGAUUUACAGGAAAGUCCGAAGGCGGCACAGGAUCAUAUGAAGAACCCGAUGGUGAUGAAUAAGAUCCAAAAGCUGGUCAGUGCUGGAAUUGUUCAAAUGAGAUGAAACGGAAGGAGCAAUUGAUUUUCAAUAGAAACAGGGACAAAGCUUAAUUCUAUGUUUUCGCACUUCCCAAUUGUGUAAUUGCUUGGAUCAAUCUUAGUUAAAUUUUUGUGAAACAUUUUUUGAACUCGUUGAAUGGAUGGAUGUUCUCAACUCUA